UAGUAAAUGUAUUAUCAGAUUCGUUGUAAUCAAAUCUAAUAUGGACACACCUUGAAAAUUUGACCCAAAAAACGUCACUGAUUAUACUUAUUUUAUAUUUAGCAGUAGUUGUAGUAGUAGCAAAUAGCGACAAUAGUGAUGAAGAAACUGGAAUUUUCACUUUGACAUAUGGAAUGAUGACUAGUUUUUCGUUAAGUUCUCCCAAAAAUAUAAACUAAAAUAUUUACAUUUUGUAGGUUUGAAAAAUUCAAACGAAUUUUGUAUUCACUAAUUGGAGAAACUUAAGAUUUCUCAUCUGUCAAAUUUAUUUUAGAAGAACUAUAAGCACUCACUUAUUAAAAUUUACCUUGAUCAGUAAAAUAGAUAAUUUUUUUAAAUAAAAACAUGUAACAACUGUUUUCUUGGGACUUUCUCUUAGGUGCUUACACGAAUAUGUGGAUGUUUACACAGAGGUGGAACUUGGCAAAAAUAACAAGGAUUUGGUCGACUCUCCGUUUGACGGCAGAUACUGUGGUGAAUCACCGCCCAAAGACAGAAUGUCUUUGUACAGAACCUUAGGGUUUAGUUUCUAUACAGACAAGAAUACGACUUCCUCAGCAUUGUUUGAAGGUCAUUAUUACUUCGUCGAUGAAUCUAUGUAUCAGUUUGAAACGGCGAAGCGAAAUAGUCUAUGCUCAUUUAUAUUCCACUCAAACAAAAACGAACAAGGUAUAAUCGUGACACCAACGUAUCCCGCAAUAUACCCAUUAGGUUUACAAUGUACGUACCUGUUUCUUGGACAACCCGGCCAAAGAUUACAGUUGGAGUUCAAUGAUUUUGAUAUAACCUCUGGCGGGCAGCAUUGCCCCUUCGACGUAGUCAGUAUAUACGACGGCAACGAUACAAGCAGUCCAUUGAUCGAAAAAUAUUGUGGCCAACAUCGCAAUUUGGUUGUGUAUUCCACCGAGGAACAGCUUUACAUGACAUUUGAUACCCUUGAGAGAGCAACAAACCCACAACGUCGAGGAUUCAAAGCGAAAUUCAAGUUCAGCCAGGACUUUGUUACGUUAGAUUUCAUUGAGAAAAAAGACGGUGAGCACAUCCGAGGUACGGAAUGCGAUCAAAAAGUAUUGAGCAAGAAGGCGUCGUCCGGAUAUAUUUACAGUCCGAAUUAUCCACUUCCAUAUAUGAAAAACGUCGUUUGCCGAUAUUUCAUAUACGGUAUAGAAUCUCUACAAGAUUUGGAAAUAGUCAAAUUAGAAUUUCUUUCUUUGCAUAUACCCAAGACAGACCAAACGGACCAGAGUUGCACUGAUGGCUACUUGAGAUUAUACCUGAAAGGUCAGGAAGAAAAGAAUAAAUACGACUUGUUCGACCACGAAAUUUGUGGCGAGCAGACUUACAAUAAGGUGUUUCAGAGCGAUGGUCCUAGGCUCGCUCUGGUCUUCAGUAGCGAAAACAUAGAAGGUCGAGGUUUUAAAGCCAAAUUUACUUUCAUACCAGUAGAGUACCUCGUGCCGGGAACCCCGGCAACAGACAGUUCGUGCCAUUAUAGUUAUCGUAGCUCUUGUAUUAAACAAGGAUACUUUAAUUCGCCCAGACAUCCGUACUACUAUCCAAACGGGUUGGACUGUACGUUUAUCUUCUAUCUAUCGUCUGAUGAACAGAUCACUUUGAUAUUCGAUCACUUCAAAAUCAAAACCACCAAAUCUAACACAUCAAUCGCCCAAUACGGAGUAACGGUUUGUACCGAAGACUGGCUAGAGAUUUACACAGUUCAUGAGAACAACGUGGACCAAUUUAUGGGCAGAUACUGUGGCAGGACGACACCCGGACCAUUAGAGUCGGACUUGGGAGCUGUAGGCUUAAAAGUACUAAUGCACACAGACUCCAAAGGCGUUUACACGGGCUUCAAAGCUAGAUAUUUUUUCAAAGACGCCAAACCAAUAAUCGGCGACUGUGGCAGUAAGAUCAGUUAUUUACAUUCCGGAAAAAUACUAAGUCCGAAAUUCCCAAAGAGAAUUAAUUCAUUGCCAAAAGGAAUGAUAACAAUGACGUGUAAUUGGUUCAUUAAUGUUAGGCCUGACCAUAAAGUAUUGUUCAAUUUUAAUUCAUUCGCGGUAGAAGGAAACCCUUUAACUAAAGGGUGUGGAAUAGCAGUGGUAAAAAUUUGGUCGUCAGCUGGAAAUCCGCCGUUAGAACUUUGCGGCAAGAAACUAACCGAUUCAUGGCAAUUUUUGUCACACUCCAAUCAACUCAAUAUCAGCUUUACAGUAGCUGGGAAAUCAGAUAUGGGCAGCAUUUUUUAUGCAAACUGGAAUGAAGUGACGGAACGCGGUGGUAAAAUUCACAAAGUUGUAGAAAAUAUACCUAGCCUUGGCUCAAGAACGUAUUUGAUGGACACCAAGCAGACACAACACUGGUUAUUUUGGCUGCAAAUUGUUAUACUAUACAUUAAGGCAAUAUGGCAGUGAAAUUGCUAACUUUCUUGUUUUUCAUCCUACGCUUUCGAACUUUUUUCCCCUAAUUCCCCUUUGAAAAAAAAAUUGUUUAAAUUAAAAGUUAGCAUAAGCAAGCUCCAAAAGUGUACAACUUGUCUAAAAAGUGCAAAAACUUGCACUUUAACAUUCAGAGCGAAUUUUUCGACCCAUCCACAUGUUCUUUACAUCCCAGAGGGCAAAAAAAAAUGUUUAAAAAAAAAUCGAACAUUUUUAAGUUUUUCACUACCAUAUCGCCUUAACACGUAUGGAAGCGGACACAGGGUCAACAUAUUGUAAAGUAUAGACUCGGGAAAAGGGUAUAAAUUGUUUAUAUAAUAAACAAAGUUAUGAGAUAUGUAUAACUCCAAUUAAUACAUAAUACACGGUAGGUAGGCUGUUAAAAUUAUAUACUCAAUAAAAUAUAUGAUGUUUAACAUAUAUUCUAAAAUAUACAUAAAUAAAACCUAAUUUAUUGUUAAUCCCAUCUUACCUUACUUUUGUCAAUUACAUGAAUAACCGUUAUGUACCUCUACGCUGUUUGCUCAAUCGCGAUAAAUUCUCAUUAGGCAAUAUUAAAUUACCAUAUACUCAUGAGUGAUUUAUUUAGGAUAAGACACACAUUUUCUAUUAAAAUAAUAGCAAUUUUUUAGUUUUUCUUUUUAGAGAAACUUUAGUUAAUGUUUUAAAUUUAGGAGUGUAGUAGAGUAAUGCACACAGAUAAAAAUAAAUAAUAAUACUACACUCUUCUUUCAGCCUUACAUUUUUAACUUAAAUAACUUUGGAAGUAACUAUCCAAAACUGGCUAGCUACCAGUCAAAAU